GUCAAACAUGACAUACGUCAAACAAGUAAAAAGUGCUGGAGGAGAAUUAUGAAUUUGGUUGAACUUGUGUUUUUACAUUUUUCAGCUCACGUGCAAAUAUUUUAAAGGUUUUAAUAAUUCUUGUAGACUUUUCAAAAUGCCAUCUAAGCAAAGGAAGAUUGCUAUGAUGGGAUAUCGCUCAGUGGGUAAAUCAUCUUUAAUUAUACAGUUCGUAGAAGGUCAGUUUGUAGAUUCCUAUGAUCCGACAAUUGAAAACACAUUCACCAAAUUUAUUCGUCUAAACUCAACUGAAUAUGAAGUGAAGCUGGUGGACACGGCAGGUCAAGAUGAAUACAGUAUAUUUCCACUUCAGUACAGCAUGGACUUCCAUGGAUAUGUGUUAGUUUACUCCAUUACUUCCAGUAAAAGUUUUCAAAUAGUACAAAUAAUUUAUGACAAACUCUUGGAUAUGGUUGGGAAAAUACAUGUACCUAUUGUGUUAGUUGGUAAUAAAACAGAUCUUCACCUAGAAAGAAAAAUCAGUACAGAGGAGGGCAAAAGACUAGCAGAGAAAUGGAAGGCUGCGUUUGUUGAGACUAGUGCUAAACGAAAUGAGUCUGUCACCGACAUGUUCCAUGCUAUAUUAUUAGAGAUUGAGCGAUCAGAUGGACAUAUACCAGACAAGAAUGGGUGCGUAAUUUCUUAAUACAAGUUUAUAUACAUAUAAAGAACAAAGUGCUUUUUACUUAAGUUAAAGUGAUUUAAAUGUAGUGUUUGUAUGUGCACAGCAAGCUAAAUGUGGCGACCAAUGCGAUUUUGGUAAUUAUGAUUCAAAUGUACUUCUGGAUGCUUAGUAAAUGUAAGCUUAGGACAAAAGAAUAUUGCUAUAACAAAUGUGUCUGAGAGUUACUUCAUUAGUAGUUUCAAAGUUUAUAAAUCGAAUGUUAAGAAUAUACAUCUUAGUAAGAAGUUUCUGGGAGAAUUGUACAUCUGUUGAGUGCGUGAAACAUUAUCUUACCUCAUGUUUAUUGCAUUAAUGAAUGUUUAUUUACUUUAUUGUAGCUAUAAUAACGGUACAAAAACUAUAAAACAUUUUGUUUAUACAAUUACAA